CCUGGCUGACCGCUGUGGUCCAACGUCAGCAGCCAUGAGCCAGUUUGGCAGCCGCUUGGUGGGCGCGGCGGCCACAUAGUCUCCUCCAGCGAAAGGCCGGAGCAAUGAAAACCUUGACAAAAUCAAUAUGUCUCUGGAUGAUAUCAUUAAAUUGAAUCAAAAGGAAGGAAAGAAGCAGACUUUCUCAAGACUAAAUAGAAGACUUCAGCAAAAUGGUGCUAGGCAAUUUAGAAUGAGAGUUCGGUGGGGUGUCCAGCAGAAUUCUGGUUUUGGUAAGAACACUCUAAGCCGGAGAGGAAGAGUAGUGCCAGGAAAGAGACGUCCUUACGGAGUUAUAACUGGUCUUGCGGCUAGAAAAGCAGCUGGGAUUCGGAAAGGGGUUAGUCCUAUGAAUCGGCCACCUCUGAGUGACAAGAAUAUAGAACGAUAUUUUCCAGUGUUAAAGAGGAAGGCAAAUCUUCUUAGACAAAAUGAAGUGCAGAGGAAACCAGUUACAGUUCUUAAGAGAUCUAACCAGCUAAAUAGAAAAAAUAACAUUCCAGCCAAUUUUACCAGGAGUGGAAAUAAAUUAAGUCAUCAGAAAGACAGUCGCCAGGCAACUUUUCUUUUCAGAAGAGGGCUGAAGGUUCAGGCCCAGGUGAACACAGAGCAGCUGAUGAAUGAUGUCGUAGUAAAGAGAGCUCGUCCAUGGCGGACUUCUACCACAAAUGGAGGAAUAUUGACUGUCUCCAUUGACAAUCCUGGAGCAGUGCAGUGCCCAGUAACUCAGAAGCCACGAUUAACUCGUACUGCUGUUCCCUCAUUCUUGACAAAACGGGAGCAAUCAGAUGUAAAGAAAGUUCCUAAAGGUGUUCUCCUACAAUUUGACAUAAAUAGUGUUGGAAAACAGACGGGGAUGACUCUGAAUGAGCGAUUUGGGAUCCUAAAGGAGCAGAGCGCCGCUCUCACGUUCAACAAAAGAGGAAGUCGCUUUGUAACCCUAGGAUAGACGCCAAGUCAAAGGGACUUCUUAGAGGUGACGCUGUUUUAAAAGUUGAAUUGCUUGAAGAGUUUAUCACAGAAAUUCAAGAAACUUUCUUUCAAAAUAUUCACAAGGCUAGAUGUUUUUAUUUUUGAAGUUUUUUUUUUUUAAUGUGUAUAAAUAACUCCCUGAAAGAAAACCAGGGAUUCUACCAACCUGUUCUAUAAGAUUUAAUUGUUUGCCUAGCCAGAACAAUUCUCCUUCUUUGGUACCUCAUGCAGCAGAAAGAGGAAAAGCUAGAAGUUGAUCAUUUUUAUGACAGUGGUCUUUAGAACCACAUUGCCCUAGCCCAGUCUUUAUACUCUGCCAUGAUAAACCUUGGUCUUCAUAAAUACUAAGUUGGUCCCUUUGUUGCCAUCCUAUCAUUUACCUUUUUGUAGUGUUGAUGUAACAAAUGUAGUUAAUGUUUCAUUAGAGAUAUUAAAAUUAUUAGAACUACA